AUGUCCGAAUACAACCAGACUUUCUCCGCCGAUCAGCUACGAGCUAUCGACAUCGCCGCCCGGGUUUCAUCAUGUCUGUCCAUAUCAGGCUCGUCGUUCACAAUAAUCAGCUUCCUCAGUUACCCACCGCUCCGGAAACCUGUUAACCGUCUUGCUUUUUCCAUCGCCGUCGCCAAUGUCUUUGCAUGUUUGGCGUAUAGUUGGGGCAUUCAUCCUAUCAAGGCUGGGAGAGAUUCUGCAUGGUGUCAGACACAGGCCUUUUUCAUUAAUUGGUUUGUUAUGACGGAUCCGCUGCUUGUUAUGAUUAUGGCGUUCAAUGUCCUUCUCACCGUUCGCACGAAACGGAACGCUACCGAGUUGAAAAGGGUCGACGUGUAUGCGAUCUUGGCGGCUUUUGUUCUACCAUUCAUCCCGGCUUUGGUAUUUUUGUGUUGGAGGCCUGAUGGGAAGACUGUCUAUGGUCCGGCAACAAUGUGGUGCUGGAUCGCCCAAGAAUCACAGAUUCUGCGUCUGGUGGCAUUUUAUGUGCCGAUUUGGUGCUUUAUUUUGGUGGCCAUAUUUCUCUUCGCUCUGAGCGGUAAACAAAUUCUCCUCGUGCGCCGGAAGGUCAAAUCCGCCAAGGCCGAAUGUGUUCUGCACAGGGAUGAGCCUGGUCCCGAUGGCAACACUCCUCAACGAGAUCGCCGCUUUUCGGCCUUUGCCAGAGCCUUCAUGGCGGCGGCCCCGGUGACGAGGGAGUCGGGCAGAUCCAACGUGACCACCGGCAACAGUGAGCCAGAGCCGGAACCGACAUCGCCCGAAUUCAAGGGAUUCGAACCACUCGCGCCCAUCCACUCGCGCGAAGUCCUGGACCUGGAGUCUCAGAACCUGUCGCACGAGUCGUCGAUAUUCGCCGCACCUGGCUCUCCUACCGUCACCCUCGACCGAUCCGGCUCCGACCAGACAAUGCUACGAGGCCCGGCAGACCAAUUCCUCCCGCGAAGGUCGUCCUCGCGAUUUGACAGGAUCCAUUGGAAAUACGCCAAGUUCGCGUUCUUGUGUACCAUUGUCUUGUUUAUUACCUGGGUCCCGAUAAGCGUGAAUAGGGUCUACAACAACUUCAUCUCCCCAAACAACCAAAUCUACGGCCUCUACCUGACCUCGGCGGCGUGCAUCCCUUUGCACGGUUUCGGGAAUUUUGUCAUCUACACCACGACCAGUUGGCCCGAGUGCAAGGACUUUUUAACCUGUUCGGGCCGGAAGAGUUCGAGGAGGUCGUCGUCCGUCGUCAUCAUCGCCGCUGCCACAGCAGCAGCGGCGGCCGUAGCACAGACGCGGGAUGGUAAUAGGAGGGUCAGAUGCGAGGGACGAUGGAAGCCCCGGACGGUACGGGUGGGUGAAGAGAAAUAA